UGCGGGCUGUGGUCUGGGUGUGCAAGUGCAUGAAGGAGGGCGAGCUGUGCGAGCGAGAGGUUGGUGGAUGUGAGUGUGUGCGUGUGUGCGUGUGCGCGCGUGGCUCCGAGUGUGCGCCGCGGCGAUCGCGAUCCGUCCGGGGCGGGCGGCAGGCGGGCUGGGAGGAUCCCCCCCCCAACACCACCACCACCACCACACUGAGAAAUCUGUGAGUCACCGAGUGGUUCUGCAUAUUAAUGAGCUCGCUCACUGCGAGGGCAGGAGCGAAUUUAAAAGAGGCCAGGACGGGUGGAGGGAAGCUGCGGGGAGAUCGCGGAUCCGAGCACCCAGCGCAGCGCAGCAACCGACGGCCGGACACCCAUCGACGGCGCAACUCGAGCGAGCCGAGCCGGGCGGAGUGCUCUGAGCCGACAGCCAGGCCGGGCGGCUCCCCCGCGGGCGCACGCACAGCCGCCGGAGCACCCGCCGCGCGCUCCUAGCGCCCCUGCUCCCGCGCCCCUCGGGCCAGCAUGAGGCUCCUGGCCGCCGCGCUGCUCCUGCUGCUGCUGGCGCUGUGCGCCGCGCGCGUGGAUGGGUCCAAGUGCAAGUGCUCCCGGAAGGGGCCCAAGAUCCGCUACAGCGACGUGAAGAAGCUGGAAAUGAAGCCAAAGUAUCCACACUGCGAGGAGAAGAUGGUUAUCAUCACCACCAAGAGCAUGUCCAGGUACCGGGGCCAGGAGCACUGCCUGCACCCCAAGCUGCAGAGCACCAAGCGCUUCAUCAAGUGGUACAAUGCCUGGAAUGAGAAACGCAGGGUCUACGAAGAAUAGGGUGAAAGAGCUCCGAGAGAAAAACUCCAGAGCAGUCGAGAGACUUCAGCAGAGGACUUUGCAGAUUAAACUAAAAACCCUUUCUUUCUCACAGGCAUAAGACACAAAUUAUAUAUUGUUAUGAAGCACUUUUUACCCAGGGUCAGUUUUUACAUUUUAUAGCUGUGUGGGAAAGGCUUCCAGAUGUGAGCCCCAGCUCUCCUGCACUCCAGACUUCAUUACAGGCAGCUUUUUUGCUGAAAGGGGUUGGGGGAGAACUCAUGCCUUUCCUUUUUAAAAUAUGGGGGUUUUUUGUAUUUGUCCAUAUGUCACUACACAUCUGAGCUUUAUAAGCGCCUGGGAGGAACAGUGAGCUUGGUUGAGACAUUUCAUUGCAGCGCUGCUCCGGUGCGGGCUUGGGACACUUCCGCUCAGAAGACCUGGCGCCUCGGUACAGCUGCCAUGGGCUCUCCUGGGCUUCCGACCGGUCAGAACCUCAGUGUGACUCCACAGUGGCCCCUGUCACCGGGUGAGCAGGAGCAGGUCUUUCUGCAUCUGUUUAGAAGAAUUCAGUCUGGUUACCAGAGCACUGAGUUUCAAACCACUCCCCCACCCACCCUUCUGCCCCAUUCAUUUCCCAGAUCUGUGAUGGCCAGGCAAGAGAUCCUUAAAGGAGGUGGGUCUUUCCUUAGAGGGUUUCUGAAAGGUUCUCUGCUUCUGGAGGCAGUAUUUCAGAAGCAUGAGACGUUCCCAGCACUGUUUGGAAAAAACCUAAGGAGAAAACUGAAAGACGCAGGAUUGCAUGCACAACGCACAGCCAGAGGUGCACAUGCUAUCCGGGGGAACCUUAGAGGAUGUUUCUUUCUCUCACCCCAGCAGAACCAGUACUACAGUGGUGUGUUUGCCCCUCCCCGCCACAACACAUGGGCAAAUAGCCGGGUCCUCUCUCCAGGGCCAGGGUGAUGCCCACCCUCUCCUGUGUACAUACCUUCUUCAGAGUACCCUGCCACACACUGCUCUUCAGUAGAGGCCACAUUGUACUGCUGUGUUAUAUGCUCUGUAAAUGUCAAAAAAACAUUAGUGUUGCAUGCAGGUUUCAUAUUGUUUCUAAGACAAAAAAAGUAAUAAAGUAUAUUUGAAAUUAGCAAA